AUGCUCCGCCUUCCGAAGCGCAGAGCGGCCUAUGGCGGGCAGCGCGUUGUCCGGCUGGCCGCGCGGGAGACCCGAUGGAACGCUGGCCGCGACGCGCGUUAAGCAGCACUUGGGAACGCGCGCCCGCCGGAGCCUUCAAAGCGACACGCCCCUGGGGGAAAGAGGCCUCCGCGUAAUUGCAACCUCGAACGACGCCCCUUCCCAGUCAACGCGCGCUUCCUUAGGAGUAAGCCACGCCGCCGGACCUCUUUCAGAGGAAACACUCCAGGUUUUCACUGUGGUCGGUGAGCCACAGUACAACCCAGCCGCGCCAAGGCCGGCCAGCUCCUGUAUAACCCUUUAAUGUUGGCCCGGCAAAUGACAACGCAGCCACCGGAUAGAGAAAUGGGGACCCCCAGCCACAACGGCCCCUGGUCCCUUUGUUCCUUUGAAAAGCUGCGUAGCAAAAGUCCAAGCCGGCACCUUGCCUGCCAUGGCCCCUGCAAGCCGCCUCAAGGCCCGUGGGGAGAAUUCAUCAGCUCCCUAUAUGGAACAAUGGCUUAGGUAGGUUUGAGUGACGUUUCAACAGGGGUAGGGGAGGGAUUACCCUGAGCCCCGCCCCACAGCUACGCUCUCUCUCUCUCUCUCUCUCUCUCUCUCUCUCUCUCUCUCUCGCUCUCUGAUUAGCUUUCCUUGCAAUUCCUCCCUUCACUUGUUUUAGAAUACAACUCCCAAAGAAGGACAAGAAUAGCCCUGGUAGCAGCUAUAUAAGCCAGCUACAUGUCCUCACAGUGGCCAACCAGACACCUGUGGGAAACCAGCAAGCAUAGCUGUCAAUGUUUCCCUUUUUUAAAGGGAAAUUCACUUAUUCCGAAUACGAUUCCUUGCAAGAAAAGGUAAAAGUUGACAGCUAUGCCAGCAAGUGGGACCUGGGUGCGACAGUGGCUGGGGCUUAUGGGAAUUGUAGUCCAAAUCAAGAGGUAGGUACCAGGUUGCUGAAUGUGUUAAGCCAAUCCUGCUCUCCCCUUCUUCCUUGUGUCUACUGAAUGGGAGACCCUGGACUUCUGGCCCUGAUUGCGCCAUUGACCUUACGUAUAUAUGUCAUUCCUUCCUUCGAACGAUACCUGUCCAUGAGACAACCCAUUAAAAUGGGUUGCAUACACGUUUUAUGGGGCACACAUGGUGCCCCAAGGCUUCAAUGGACAGUGCGGAUGUUAAGCCAAGAUACACUCUGUGCAGGCCAGGAGCUUGUUUGUGUACUGAAGGUGCCCUUCACCACCCCAAGGAAGGGCAACAGCUGCAACACCAAGGGAUAAACUCCAGGAUUAACAUCCCAGGUGCCGAGAGAGAGAGAUAGACGAGAUGCCUUCAUUCGCUUCCCUCAUUUUCUCUCCAUCUGGCUUUCUGAUGAACAGCCCAUGUGGUGAACACAUGCCAGGCUUAUGAGGCCCAAAUUAACGUCCCUGAGCCUUGCAGCACUGAUUGCGAUUUGGGAUACGGAGAAGAGCAGCGUGGUAUCCAUGUCCUACACUAAUCAAGCCAAGGUCAUUCAAGGACAAACCCAGCCUGGUGGUCCUUCCUCUUGGACCAGGCACUGCCUCCCUCUUCUAUGAAGACAAGGAAGGCAGUGACAAGACAUUGGCAGUGGCACUGAAAAGGCAGUUUUAAAAAAAAUAAAAAGUGGAAUAUUCACAUUUCCCUUCAAGCAUGAAAAUGGAGGUGACGGGUUGAAAUGCCGCAUGCUAAGAGAGAUGUAACCCGCCCCCCGCACACCCAGCAAAUUCAGCCCUUUCCCUAAAAAAGAGCAUCCCUUUUCUCAUUGGAAUCAGACAGCUCACAGCCAUCUCCUCGGGACUCCUGGUAAUAAAACUGGAUGUCACUUGGUGGGGGGGGGGGUGCUAAAACUGCAGAGAGGUGGAACAAUAGCAGGGGUUCAGCCUGACAAAGCAGCGGCUUAAUAGAGACCAAGUGCAGCAGAAUCACCUUCUGCGCUCUGUCUCUGUCUUGUGUCUUACUGACAGAUCUUCUGGACUCAGUCUCUUGGCUGCAGAAGCUCUGCCAAUCAGCAGUCCCCGAGCUUAAAGAUCUAGCUGUUGCUAAGUGGGUUACCUGCUGCAAAUCUGAGAUGAAGCCAGCGCUUCUUUCAGGUUUGGAAGAAACCGGCAGUGACCUCUAGCGGCAUAUGCUGUUUAGUACACAUGCUAGUCAGGGCAGCAUCGUCCUGGGAAACUGGAUGAUAUGAUCUAAUGGCCUGGCAAAGCCAAGAGGCCAAAUUACCAACUGUGGCAUGAUAAUUGCUACUUAUUUGCCCUCGAUCUUGCAAGGAUCUACAUGUGAAAAAAAAAUAAAACCCAACCCUUGCCCUUGCUUCCCAGCCACCGACACUGUAGGUUGGAUGACUAGGCAACAUGGAAGUUUAUUUUUAAUCUUUUGUCCAAGCAGGUGGAAACCCAGCUUGCACACCUGAAUUAUGUAAAUCGGCAUUGCUCAAUUAACGAAGUACUCAAAUUGGGAGUUCUCACUUCUCAUGGGAACUUGGCAACCCAACUCAUGUGGCAUGCAGAAUGUGGCCGCCAGAUGCACCAGGGUAUCUGUUGCGAGUAUACAUAUGCGCUGAGAUAAGGAGCGAGAGCUGCCGGACUCUUGGACAAAGAGACAGUGGUUAUGGGAGGAGGAAGGAAGAGGCAGAAGUUCGGCUAGGACUGGAGAGGGUUGUGCCCUUGUGGUCCCUUCCAAAUUCUACACUUCUAUGAUUCUGUGACUUGAUCAAGUUCCAAUUCUGACUUAGACAUGAAUUUCAGUGGCUGAUCUUGGCCCCUUCAUGUGUUGUGGCAGGAACUGCUGGCCCUGAUGUUGCAUCCUUAGGCUAGCCCUGCUCAUGUGCAUAGAGUUUCCAUUGCAGACACACCUCCAUGCUUAACAUGUGAAAGGGCUAGUCCAGGGACACAACAUUGGUUGGAGGCAUGGCCAGUGGUGUGGAUGCAAUGCAUGAGAGGGCCCUGCACACAAGUAACACAUGUAUGUGCCUGAUCUCUUAGCUUAAACUACAUCGAUGGGAAUCUGCCUGCAUUAAAAAUUUUAAGCAGUAUCAUGCUGCUUUAUACAGGCAUGACUUCCCUAAAAGAAUCCUGGGUUCUGUGGUUGGUUGCUGCGAGUUUGUUUGGAAACCCCUGCUCCCCUUCCAGAGCUACAGUUCUCAGACUGGUUUAACAAUCAAUCCCUUUUCCUCUGGGAAUUCUACACCCAUGAGGGAAACCCUGGAUUUUCAGAGUUAAAAGAUGAGAGUCAUGUACUAGAGACGUGAACUCCAUUCAGAAUUCCAGAAUUGGGCCAUCACAAAUGAUGAUGACAUUACUAAUACCUCUUUCUUUGUGAUGUCAACAGAGAUGUAUGUGAUCCUUCUUGCCAAAUACACAGUGAUCCCUGUAAGUUCCAGAGCUGAACUACCAGAAUUGGCAGAUCAAAAAGGUAAGUGCGGUUUGCCUAAUCUUGGCCCCAUGUCAAGUUCCCUACAAGCAGGACUGGGAUGAAAGCAAUGACGCUUAUUCCUUCUGCAUCAUGCAAAUUAGCUCCAAAACGCAGCAGGAAACUUUGUAUGGCUGAUAUGGCCGUUCUUCUAAGAUUUCCUUAGAAAUAUGUUCAGUGUGAUCAGUUUGGCUUAUCUUCACAUGUGUGUUGAAGAUUCAAGUGCUAGAUAAAAGUUUGUUUAAAUGAAGAGAGGUACAGUAACUCGCAACUUACACACAUUUAACGUGUGUCUUCAGCUUUACAUCAGCAUCAAAAAAUAUUUUUUAAAUUGUUUAAAGCGGGUGAGCGCCCAGGAAAAAAUGACUUUGGCAAUCCCACCCACCAUUGAACCCAAUUUGUUUUGGCUAUGAAUAAUUUUGCCUGUAUGUGCUACUCCUAGAACGUAACCACCAUGUAAGGUGAGUUGCCUGUACAUUUAAAACACAGAAAGUGUUAAAUGUCUUUUCACUGAUAUCAGCCAAACAUUGCAUAGUAUCUCCCUCUUAUCAGAAUAUCCUCUAACAGUGCACUGAGCCAGUGAGUGCUGAUGGCUAAUUUGCUUGUUUGGGGAAACCCCUGGAUUUUCAGAAGUACAAAAAUCUUUUUUUAAAAAAAAUAAAGCUUAAGGAUGCAACCUCCUCCUUGCUUGCACAACUAAACAGCCAAUGAGAACAUGAGAUGUUGAGUGACAAUUGGUUAAAAGGGGCAGGGCAGAGAAAAGGAGGAAGUGUAAUGGAGUGUUCCGGGAGAGGGCAUGGCUGGCUGGAAGUUAGCAACCCUGAAAGGAAACAUGUUAGCUAGGAGAUACAUAUAUGCUGUUGUGCCAUGUAUUUUUUAAUCACACUGGAAGGCAUUUUUGCAUGUCCUUAGACUGAUGUACUGGAGCAUAUAUAAGGCACAUGGGUGAAUUUCCAGAAUGUACAGUGGGGUACUGGAAGUGACAUACCCAUCCAUUCCAAUGGACCUAUUCACCCACUGUGGCAGUUUACAAGAAGACGAUCUCUAUUUCUGGCUAAUGUCACCAUAGGGGGAAAAUCAUUAAGUGCAACAAGAAAAGAGAAUGCUGAAGUUAAGAAAGCACAAUCCUCAUGCAUCAAGUGUUUUAAGAUUGCCAAUGCUAAGCAAAUAAGUAACAAAUCAUAUGUCCCACAAUGUUCAAACUGGAAUGAAAGAGAAAGGAAGGAAGGAAGGAAGGAAGGAAGGAAGGAAGGAAGGAAGGAAGGAAGGAAGGAAGGAAGGAAGGAAGGAAGGAAGGAAGGAAGGAAGGAAGGAAGGAAGGACUAAAAUCAGGGGGACAUAAGAAGAGCCUUCUGGAUCAGGCCAGUGGCCUAUUUAGACAAGUACGCUGUUACCAAAUUGGCCAAACAGAUACCAAUGGGCAGUCUCCUCUCCUGUGUUUUCUAGCAAGGGAUAUACAGUGGCAUUUCUGCCUCUGACAUGGAAGUAGAACACAACCUGCUGCCCAGCUUGGAGAUGCAAGAAGGUGCUUAACACAUAUUAAGGAGUAACUAAUCCAUGGGUAGGCAAACUAAGGCCCAUGGGCUGGAUCAGACCCAAUUGCCUUCUGGAUCCAGCCUGCGGACGGUCCGGAAAUCGCCACAUGGAUCGCCAGAAUGCACACUCUUUUCUCCCUUCUGCUCCCUCACACAGCGCCGCCAUCGCCUCCUCCCUCCCUCCUCCUGGCUUUUCCCCGCCCUGCCUAGAGGAGGAUGGGGGCUGUGCUUUGUUGGUGCCAGCAGCAGCAGCGCUCAAGCAGCCGCCAUUUUAAGCAGCCCCUCUCCGAAGCCCUUUCGUGCGCCGCUCAUCGUCCCGUCGCCAGCCCCUGCCGCUCACAAGACACAGGUAAGCAGCCACCGGGGCUCGUGGUGCUCUUGCAUCAUAUUUUUUUUUCCAAAAUAUAGUCCGGCCCCCAACAAGGUCUGUGGGACGGUGUACCGGCCCCCUGCUGAAAAAGUUUGCUGACCCCUGAACUAAUCCAUGCUAAGUGAUAUUGAGCAAGUUCCUCAAUGUUCUGUUCUCGGCCCUGGCACCAAAGCUUCUUACCACGUUUUCUGUGCCACCUGACCCUGUGUGUGCUGUUCCUUUGCUCAUGAGGCCUCUGUAUUCAGCUCUUCCGCAGGUGGACACAACUUUGGCCAGUUCUACUAUCUCUUGAGCACAUCUUUCUGGAGCUCUCAUACAGCUGGGAAGUUGCUCCUUGGAGAAAGAAUUUUCCGACACUUUUUCUGAAAAGCUCCUUCCUUCCUUCCUUCCUUCCUUCCUUCCUUCCUUCCUUCCUUCUUAAGCUCAGAUAAGCGCUUUCCUAGCCUCCUGUGGUUCAGAUAUGUUAGCAUUGCCCCUGUUAUUUUGAGAAGAGGGUGCCUAUACAGUGAAAAGUUGGAAAUAAACGGAGAAUGAAAUUACACCUUUUAUUAGACAAGGGGGAAAUCGCUCAGACUGAUGCCUAGAAAAUGUGGGCCAAGCAGAAAACCACUCACACCCAUGCUUUCUAGGCACGGGAGAAGAGAAGUGUGGAGGAGCCCUUAUUCAAGGCAACCACCCUUGCUUUCCUUGUUCAGAACAGUUUCUUUCAGGUACAUUUAUCAAUAAGCUGUCUUGUAGCUCCCCCUGGCGGCCGACUCACAUAAUGAUAUCUCUUCGGCCUGCUGUUCUAUACUGUAUUUAAAUUGAACUGUUCCAUCCAUACCUCACUCCAAAUAUAUUGCCAUUUGAUUUUUUAAAGGUUCACGUUGCCUGAUAUUUUCAAUUUGUAUUUAUGCAGUUUUGUAAUUAUGUUUUAAUACAAAACAUUCCUGAGCGCGCUGCAACUUUCUUUCCCCCUCAAAAGAAGGCGUCAGAAGUUUAAAAGCUGUACACCUGGCCUGAGCCAAAUCCUUGAUCCUGAACCAAAUGAGGUCAAUUUGGAGUUUGUCCAGAGUGUGUCAGGGCAGCCCCAGAUCACCUCGGGUUGGGUCCACCCUGUGCAAUUCAGGGCUGUCAAAAGGAGGGGCAGUAAGGGAGAAGAGGAGGAGGAGAAUAGGCAGGCAGAGAUUCUCACCUGUACUUUUUUCCUGCCUCUCAUCACCACUCUUGUAAUGUUUAAUUAGGCUUUAAAUUCCUAAUUAGGGCUGUGCAAGGUCCCUAAUUUAGUUCAGGGGCCAGGUUCGGGGUACGUUGGUCUGGCCCAGAUCAAAGUCCAGUCUGCACUGCCAAAUUGAGAGUUGCUUGCACAGCUCUAGCAGAAAUGGCUACACUCAGUUACUUAAUUUUAUUUAUUUUUAUCGUGAUUAUAUUCCAUCUUCCUUUCCUCCAAGGAGCGCUAUUCACUAGGCACUACAUUUUACCACCUGCACAUUAAUCUGCAUUCCCAAGGAUGCUGCAAAGUUCAUCCAUAAUAUUCCAAUUUGUCAGAUGGUGGUAAUAUUGUGUAAUGACUUACCCAAGUCAGACCUCUUCCACACACUGCAGAUAUUUGGAUGUGGGAGUUCAGUGCUUAAUUUCCCUGUUAAUAAUUGCUUGGGGGUGAAUCAAUCUGCAACCCUGUUAAACUAGAAAAGCAUGCAACCAGAAUACUGCCCCACAUUUUGUUGCAUGGGGGAACAUUUAAGCUCUCCCCUUUUAGUUUUUGUUAGCAUAAUCCAUGUUGUUCAGAACACUGCAGUGAGAAUGAAAAACGCUAGAAGGGAUAAGCCUCAGCGAAUGAACUGCAAAGGCUUCAGGGAAGACACAUGAGUGGCAGAUGUCAUAGCAUGAGACCCAGCAAGGAGCUCAGGAUCUUGCCUGAGUUCCAAAGCUGGGCCAUUGUGUCUGCACAUCAUUACUGUCCUUUGAGAACAUUCAUAAAGAAGUCAAGUUCACAACAAGGAGAUGGUGUCGGGGCACUUUGGAAAGAUGCCUGAAUAGCCAAUUAAAUGAAAAGAAUUUAUCUGCUGCAACAGAUGCUCCGUCGCCUUGGCCUUGCUUGCAAUUUGACUGGGCUGGGGAGGGUUAAAGAAACAGCCAUCUGCUAGUUUGCCAUGUCUGUGAAAAAUGGGAGAUAAUUUCCUUAUCGCAUUGAACAUUAAGAAUAGAGGCAAGUGAAAAUGAAGAGAAUGGCAGAACCUGCAUUGAAAGUAUUUUUCCCCCUAGGACAAGGCCCAUUAAAGUAGAAUGGAGCCUAUAAAGAAAGUAGAGGGGCUUAUCAAUGAUUUCUUUACUUUUGAAAAUAAUCAGUAAUGACUUCAUAUUUUUUUUUGCCAUCCCAGGCAAAUGCAGUGGACGUCAGAAGCAAAAGCUGGUUUCUUCCACAAGCCUCCUAUUUUCAUAUCAGUUGAGUAAGCAGUGAAGAUUUUACAACCAUACACCUGCAGUCCACUCCUGUGUUUACUUAGAAACAACCUCAAUUUAGAUAAAUAUACUUUUACUCAGUGUGCUUAGAAUUCCAGACUAAAGAUGCUAUUAAUGGCAACUCCUACUGGAUCAGAAAAGGUGGGGUCAUUUUAGAGGUACAGAUAAAAAUCAGUAUCUGGCUGAGUUAGGCAGAGUGCCAUAGCUCAGUGGCCAAGCAGCUGGUUGGCUUGCAGAAGGUUCAAUCCUUGACAACUCCAGGUAGGGCUGGGAGAGAUAUCCCUCUAAAAUCCUGGAGAGCUGUUGCCAGUCAGUGUAAACAAUAUGGAGCUAGAUGGACCAACAAUCUGACUCAAGUAAGACAGUUUCCUGGGUUCCCAAUCAGGCAAAAAGCAGCUUAAUAUGUGCCCUCUUUCAACUAUUGUUGUGUGGCAUCACAGCCUUCAGGGCUGGGCAUUUGUCACCUGCGGUGGUGCCUCCUUCCAUUCCAGCUGUUGGCUGUUUUCCUGAGUCAUGCAGCGCUUUCACCCUCGAAAUCCUAGGGAAGAAGUAGACUCCACACACAAGACUUUGAAGAUGACUCUUUGCUUGCAGAAUGCCAACUAUUACAAGGCAGUAUCAUACAUAUAUACCGAGUCCAAUGCAAUGCUUUUCAUUCUCUUGAGCCCAAGAGAGGGUCUUCUUGGUUCUUGCUGCUAAAACCCAUUUGAAGCAGUCCCUAAAUUAUAGCUUGUCUGUCCUCACCAACUCCUCCAGACACAGCGUCUUCACACUCAGCAAAACAACAGUGAAACUGCCAACCCCCAGCUCCCACCCCCUGCUAGCUCUACCUAAGACACACACAUGCUCACUUUAAAAGGGAGUUAACAAACUGACAAGACAAUGAUUCAGCAUUUCUGUGACCUUAAUUGGAGUCACAAGAUUUUGCAGAUGUUACAUUCCAUUACAUAGGUUUUCAGGGUGGACGGGACCAAUACAAUUUAUUUUUUGUAAAAUACAUGCUCUAACAAAUACAGUACAAAUCCCAACAUCAGCUCCUUGUUGGGACAUCUUGAUUGCUUCUAUCCAGUUCUGAAAGUCUUGUUUCGCUCUUGAACUCCUGAAUGGCGACUCGUGAGCACUGAGUCUGCUGCUAAAUCUGUACCUCUUUGUUACUUACAAGUAAGAGCCUCUGUCUGCAUCUGUUGGGAAGAAGCCAGGUCACAUACGUACCUUGCAAAGUUCCUAAAAGGAUUGUAGAGAUGAUAUAGGUGAACCAAUUUUUUAAAGCGUGAACAAUUUAAGUGCUAAAGUAUAUACACGCUAAGCACUGUUAUCGCACUGGUUAUGUCUUGUUAAAAUUAGACCAUUUAAAAAGACAUCCAAGAAACCUUCUGAUAUAUUCUCAGCUGAAAUAAUAAUUCUCAUCCUGGCUUGUAAACGGCAGGGCUCUCCAAAGUUCAGACGGUUGGAUUUUUACACAACAGCUGUGCAGCUGUUAAUCAUUUGUUUCUGCAGAGUCUAGGUGUCCUCCCAAAGUGAAGGAGUCUAUCUAUCCCAGGGCUAUCACAUUCUCUCAAACACUCGGAUUGCAAUAUUUCACCCUUGGGAAAAUGUGGGAUCCAUUAUCUAACCUUUUAAUAAUAAUAAAAAAGCAACAAAACAGCAACAAGACCUCCAGCUAUGCCAGUUUAUUAACCUUUUGAUAUAUAUAUAUAUAUAUAUAUAUAUAUAUAUAUAUAUCUUCAUUGAAGUCUGUCCAACCAACCGAAGAAUGCACAUUUGUUGUGCUUUGUUUUAAAGCAGUGAAUGCAGACUUCUGCACUCCCUGCAACAAUGCAACUCCCCGUGCAUUAUAUUGCUGUGAAUUUGGGUGGGGGGAAUAGGCUAUAUGCCUGAGCCCCCUUCUAAUUCCUGGAUCCAGCACAUUCAGUUCCUGGAAUAGCCAGGCUAGCUUCCUGGUAAGUUAAUGGCCCUCUAAGCACGGACCAUUAAGGUAACAAAGGAAGUGGCUCAGAGACAGAUUUCAUUUUUUUUAAAAUGAUAUUUAUUGGGAAAAAAAUUUUUAAAUUACACAAAAAAAAGACAAGACAUAAAAAUAAAAAAUAAAACCAUCAUUCUCAAAUUCUCCCCUUUCAAUGCCUUCUUUCUUUGACCUCCUCCUCCUCCCUUUUCUUGUAUCCUGAUUAAUAAUAAUCGCAGCAAAUCCUUUCCAUAAUUCAUAGUAUUCUGUCAUUACAUUACCUUAAUCUAUUUUCAUCUUAUCUUAUAGAAAACCUUAAAGUUUAAAACUUAAAUCUUAUUUUUACCAACUUCUCCUAACCAUAACAUUCUUACCAAAUUCUUUAGACAUUUUUACAAGAGCCAAGUAAUUUCAUUUCAACAUUUUUCUAGCAUUCAUCAAUUUUAUAGAACAAUCCUAAUGAUAAUAAUAAUAAAAAGAAAUAAACAAUCCAAUCUUCAUCCAGCGUCCCUUCCUCCUGGUCCUGGGUUUUGUCAGUCCUUUUUAUCCUAUUAUCCUAGCACAUUAACCUGGUAAUCUUAUAUCCGAGGCCCUCAAGUCUCUUCCAUGUCCCUUCCGCAGCUCUUCUUCAUAUUUUCCUUUCAUUCGUGGGAACUCCAGCUUGGUAAUAUUUUUGACCCUUUUCAACAAAUCAGCCCCUUUUCCAUAGUCCAGACUAGACUCCAUGUGGUAUUUAAAAACAUGUUUCAGAUUCCCUCCAAAAUUGAGAGCCCCCACAGCUCCAAACAUCUGACGGCCCAUUGCCAGACUCGAAAAGUCCAAAUCUCCCUGUAUAGGGGGGUCUGUCCAACCCCCCAUUUCCAAACCAAACCAAACUUUAUCUUUCCAAGUCUGGUUUUUCCAAGUUCAUUUGUCAAAUCCAAAAAUUUAUGUUCCUGCUGGGCCGCAGCUCCCUCCGUCUCUGGCGCCCAAGAUUCAGCAGCAUCCUCUUCUCUCAGCUGUUCUGUCAUGGCACACUCCUGUUUUAGCUCCUGGGUGGGCUCCAUAUAAUUUCCCACUACCUUUUCAAAGGUUCUGGCCGCAUUAGUCAUCACAUCCGUCUUCUGGCUUAACUGAUCCAAUAGGGCAUUUAUUUUGCAGAGAGCACCCAACAGUGCUUCUGAAGACAUUGUCCUGCAAGGUCACAAAUCCUUUCCCACGGUUGUAAUCUGUGGCAGCUGCAAGCUCCCAGGAAUUAGUUACAAUUUCACAGUCCCCUCUAGGGGGAAAUCUUCUGAUUGUUCUUUCUUUUAAAAACAAUAGCAACAAAGUUUCUUUUUUAAGGUAUUUUGUCCAUAUUUGUUCUUUUUAAAAUGCGAAAGGAAACAAUGGAAUCACUAUGUUUCUCUUCUUUUAACUAUCUGUCAAAGACAUUUGUUUCUGGUCAAUGAGCUUCAAACGUCAAUUCUGACACCCCGCUCCAGGAUCAGGACGGUGGAAAAUUACUUUGCUUUAAACUCACUUCUGCAGGUUUAAACAGCCCAAAAAAGAUCCCCCUUCUUCUCCUGCUGCCGAAGGGGGGUUCAGCGAUUUUAAAUGAUGAAAACCAAUCCUUUGAAAGUGAUUUUUAAAGCUCUAGUUUAUGUUGUCUUUGCUUUAUUCUGGCUACAAGGAAACGGAAGGCUGACUUCCUGUUUAGACCUUACCGUUUCAGUACCAAAUUAAGGUAAAUUUUUAAGUCCAAAUUCCUUUCUAUUUCGCCAGUUCUUAUUUAAAGUCCAAAUGUUCAAUGUUCCAGUACUCACGGGUGGUUAUUUUAGAUGCCAAAUUGUCCCAGGAAAAAGGCAGCUCUCUCUGGCAACGGCUAUGCGGCUUCGCUCCGCAGAAAAAGCAAUUGACUCACAGCACCGCGCCACUUCCCCCUCUUCGCUUCGGAGCCCGUUAGUGGGUUCCUUUGCGGGUUGGGGGGGCGCUAAGGGUGCCCGCCGAGUCCCACGGUCACAGGCUUCAUCCGCCUGUGAUUUCCAGAAGGGUCCCCGCUUCGCCGUAGCGGAAAAGACCCGUUUCAUGCGGAGCUGGUCCCUCCAGUUCAGAGGGAGUCCGCCAUUACCGAUGGCGCCACCCCGGAAGUCUUUCGGCUCUGAGACAGAUUUCAAAUGGGUAGGGGCUCCUCCCUCAACUCACUGGUAGUUAGAAAGACAAAAGGCCGGAGUAGAGAUAUGUGAGAGCUAGGAGACAGAGGCUGCAGGCUGGGCAGCUGAGAGACAGAGCCAUGCCUGACUUCUGCUGGAAUCCAAGUCUGUGGCUAUGGGACAAGCAAGACCCUCCUGGGGUGUUAAUGCUGUGAGCCCCUCCAUCGUAUUUCCUAGUAAUGCAGGACCAGAGCACCUAUGAAGAUAUAGUGCUAGGCAAACCAACUAUUGAUCUCUUUUAAGCCAAGCAGGGUUAAUCACUUUUAAGUCCCUUUUGUAUCGAUGUGAGUAAAUUAAGCACAUGCUUAAUGCUCCCAUUGAAAUUCAGGCAGCACUUAACUUUGGCCCUUAUUUUUUAAAAAUUCACUUGGAGAUUUCCCAUGAGUCAGGGACAGGCAGUGAUAUAUUUGCACUCCCCCCCCCCCAACCUUCUGUUUAAUGCCCCUAGUUGAAAUCCUGGGACUUUUUUUUCUUCCCUCUUUGCUGCAUUAGGCUCCAGUUUUAUAAUCACCCCCUGAAAAGGAUGGGUUUCCCUUCCUAUCUUUCACUCUGGAUUCUUCAGCAGUGCAGCUUGGGAGAUGCCUUUUAUUAAAGUGAGUUUUUUAGGGCAGGGAAAAAUCUCUGGAGCUUGAAGGAACUCAAUUGAUUUUUCCACUCCUCAAAAGAGUAAUCGUCAAAGCCUUUAAAAGGGGGGGGGGGAGGGCUUGGAAGAGUAAUGCAAACUGAAACACCAGCAAAAUCAUAAAACCAGGAUGCCUAUACAUCUUCCUGAGCCUAUUUGAAAGACUGAGCAGCCCUUAAUGAAAGAUGCAGACUGACUAUUACAGAUCAGCCUUCCACCGCAUUCUGAAAUGCAGACAAUGUUGUCCCCUAAUUGUGUUUAAUAGUUAAGACACAGGUGGAAACAUGAGAAAUAAUGUGUAGAAAGCUGCAUUUGAAUUGCUCAGAAGUAGAGAACAAAGAAGAGUGGAAUAUCUGAUGAGAAAAGAACUGUCAUUAUUUUGCAGCUUUAUAAACCACAGCCGAAAGCUCCCAAAGUGGUAUACAGUAAUAUUAUUGUUAUCAGUAUUUAUUCAAUUUAUAUACACCCUUUGUCCAAAGAUCCCAGGGCGGUAUACAACAUUAAGAACAAAAAUGCAGCAUCAUAGUAAAAACAUAACUCCCAGUUUACGCGGGGAUUAUGUUCCAAGACACCACGUGUUUAAGCGAAAUUGCAUAUAUUUGAAACAUCAGUGAAAAGUCCUGCAAACACCCUCUUCCGCCCCUGUCCUGUUCCACCCCUUUUUGUGAUGUUUUUGUCACAUUUUCAGGUCACUUCCAGGUUCGGCACGAUCACACAUAUUUUGAAUGCACAUUAUCAGGGUGGGGGGUUUGCCUGUACGCAGCGUAAUAAUAAAAUAAUCAUAAUAACAGUCCGUCCCUGCCCCUCACACAUUUAACAGGCCAUAGUUUACUUAAUGGCCAAAGACCUGGGUAAAAAGGAAUUUUUCACCUGGGGCCUAAAGACAUGUAAUGAUGGUGCCGGGCGGGGGGCUCUCUGGGGAGAGCAUUAUGUUAAGUUGUGGGUGAACAUAUCAGACGACACAGCGGUUCUUCAAACAGCUCUUGUUUAUUCACAGGCCAAAAUAGAACCUACUUAUAUAGAGCUCAACUACAAGGCAACAGUAACAAUUUUCUGUAACUAUCCAAUCACUGAACGUCACUUUCAAUUCCUUAUUUGCAUAUGUGGACCUGAGUGAAAACUACAGUAUCCCCCUACUGGCCCAGGGUGAGAACUUCAGUACAUAACACAUUCGACACACGGGGGGCCACCACAGAAAAUACAACAGGUAACAGACUCAUAAGACUUUUAGAAUGUUGUGAGCUUCAAGGAGUUAACACUCUGUGCUAAGUGGAAAUGGACCUUGGCUAAAGGUCACAGAAGCUUCCCACCAUGCCUGAAACGGCUCAGGACCACAGAGCCUCAAGCAUUCUCUCCCCUGUGCUCAUCAACUGCUGCCUUUCUUCGUGUGCUUCCUGCACUUAAGGUCUGGAGGGUGGCAACAUGAUAACUGGCCUUUUCUGUGGUGGCUCCCUGCCUAUUGAAUGCUCUCCCCAGGGAAUCUCACCAGGCACCUUCCUUGCAUAUCUUUAGGCGCCAAGCAAAGACAUUUCUCUUUACCCAGGCCUUUGGCUGAUUAACGUUCUAUGGCUUUUUAAAAUGUGUGUAUGGAGGGGGGCGGUUAUUUUACUGUAUUUUUUGUUUCUAUGGAAGCCGCCCAGAGUGGCUGGGGAAACCCAGCCAGAUUGGCGGGGUACAAAUAAUAAAUUAUUAUUAUUAUUAUUAUUAUUAUUAUUAUUAUUAUUAUUAUUGGUUUGUUUUUGUUUUAUUAUGUAUUUUAUAUUAUUAUUUUGUAUUUAAUAUCAAAAAUAAUAAUGUGGCAUGGUGAAAGGAGCCUCUCUUUCUCAUUUUGUAGCCUGGAAACACAGCGAGCCCUUUGCUGAGCUAUAAUCUGUCCUUCCUGUGAUGCCUCGUUCUCUAUACUGCUGAGCUGAUCAGAGAGUACAUCUCAGCAGUGGGCAAACUGUUACCUCUGAUCAGCCGGGUAGCAUAGAGAAUAGAGUUUGCUCCCCAUGCUGAAGGGAAGUUACAACUCAGCAGCUGGGAAAAUAGGGUAGGGGGCAGAUUGGAAGGGGAGGUCCUGUAGGGUUCAUCUGGUUCAUGAGCCAGGGGUUCCCCAUCCCUGGUUUGGAGAAUAUGCAUAAAUAUAGGUGUAGAUAAGCCCUCUUCUCCCCAUGAGAAAAACACUCUUGUGAUUGCAUCGUCUCUUUCAUCAAAUCUCACAUUUAUAGAGCAAUAAUAUUGCCUCUCCAAGAAAAUACCAUUCAAAGCUAUGGCUACCUUGGUUUUAAAAGAUAGAAAACUCUGUGCUGUCUGGAAAGACAGAAACAGAACUUCGGGGAAGCUGGUGAAAUUGGGUGAUAGAUCAUUAUUUUCUGUCACCCUAAAACACCCUCUCCUCAUUUCAUUUGACUGAGCUUUGGCAGCAGUAAUUGGACAUAUAAAGCUUUCUACCUGGGAGGCGUCAGAUCAAAUCCAAGCCAAGUUGUUUAAUGUCCAGAAGUUGUCAUCUCACAGCUGCUUGCUGACCUGUGAGAAAUGGGUGUGCGGCCUCAGACUAGCGCUUAAUUGGACACCAGGAGUGCUGAUGCAAAAACUGGGGAAAGCAGCAACAAUUCUUACUUGGUAAUUAAUUUGGGAUGGCCAUUGAGCCUUUGAUCUAUUUUUUUGGGUGGAAGGAAGACAGAUGAAGUGUUUAAGGAGAAAGUGCAGCACGUUCUUCACCUCUGGUAUAAACCCAGCUCUGCCAUUUGUAAUCUCUGAAAACCCAUCUUUGCAAGUUUGCAAUACGGUUCAGCAGAACUGGGCCCGUUGGAUGUGGAAGGCCUCAACUGACCAUUGCCAAUAGUGACAUUAUUAACACCUCUCCUUCAAUCCCCUCAAAUGUUUUGUGGCCAUUUUAAUUUACGUAUUUUUCAAUAUUUUCAGUGUUUUAAAAAAGAGACCCUGGAGGAUGAAUGUUUAAAUGAUCAAUAAGUGCACAUAUGCCACUUUUAAAGCAAAAUGGUGCAUGGUCCAUCAAUUGUGUGGCCAGACUCAACCGAUGUUCAGCUUGCUAGCAGAGGUGGCUGGCGUCUAUUGAGACUGAUGGUCAGACCACACCUGGAAUAAGGUGCCCAUUUCUGGGCACCACAAUUUAAGAAGGAUAUUGACAAGCUGGAACGUGUGCAGAGGAGAGCGACCAAGAUGAUUAAGGGUCUGGAAACCAAGCCUUAUGAGGAAUGGUUGAGGGAGCUGGGUAUGUUUAGCCAGGAAGUCUAAGAAGAGAUAUGAUAAAAAGGUAAAGGGACCCCUGACCAUUAGGUCCAGUCGUGUCCGACUCUGGGGUUGCGGCGCUCAUCUCGCUUUAUUGGCCGAGGGAGCCGGCCUACAGCUUCUGGGUCAUGUGGCCAGCAUGACUAAGCCGCUUCUGGCAAACCAGAGCAGUGCACGGAAACACCGUUUACCUUCCCGCCGGAGCGGUACCUAUUUAUCUACUUGCACUUUGAUGUGCUUUCGAACUGCUAGGUUGGAGCAGGGACCGAGCAAUGGGAGCUCACCCCGUCACGGAGAUUCGAACCGCCGACCUUCUGAUCAGCAAGUCCUAGGCUCUGUGGUUUAACCCACAGCGCCACCCGCGUCCCACCAGAGAUAUGAUAGCCAUCUUCAAAUAUUUGAAGGGCUGUCACAUGGAAGAUGGAGGAAGCUUGUUUUCUUCUUCUCUGGAGGGUAGGACUCGAACCAAUGGCUUCAAGUUACAAGAAAGGAGAUUCCAUCUAAACAUCAGGAAGAACUUUCUGACAGGAAGAGCUGUUUGACAGUGGGACAGUCUCCCUCAGGAGGCUGUGAACUCUUCUUCCAUGGAGGGUGUAAAGCAGAGGUUGAAUGGUCAUCUGUCCUGUGUGCUUUAGUUGAGAUUCCAACUCUUAUAAUUCUGUGAUUCUGUGAUUCUAUGAAGGGGUGGAAGAAGGCAAGGAGCUCGACACCAGGUGGAGCCAGAAGCAGGCACAGCCAACUAAUUCUAGUUUUGCUCUCAUCCUCAGCCCUGCUGUGUUUUAUGACAACACAAAGAUUAAGGAGCAGGAAGCUGUCAGGCAGUGCCAAUCCCUGGUUUUAAGUAAGAAAGAAAGAAAGUUGUAGCUUGCUGAGGUUGGUGGGGCAUUGCCUCCUUCACCCUAAUGGCCCAGUCCCCACUACUUGCUGGUAUGUAUGUCUCCUUGAUCUUGUGGUUAAACCACCCACCACAUGAACACUAGAGUUCAACACAGGGAACACAAUUGCCUAGCAAAUAGAUUCUAAAGGUUGCCAUUAGGUAUAGCUUUAUUGAUUAUACAAAUGAUGCAACACAUGGAAGAGUGGUUUAUGAUGCAGCUUGGCAUUUCUCAGCAAGUAACCCCUCUUUUCCGUCCCCUUUCUCUUUUUCUCUAUUUUUGCUUUGUUGUACAAAAUAUAAGUGGCUUGCAACUAAUGGGCAUGACUCAAGAGUGCACAGACGCAACUAAGUUAUUGGUGAAAAUCUAAAUCAGAACCAUUUACCUGGUCCAGCUUGUCUGUCAUAUUAUUCUGUACUGGUGAACAGGUCAUUUGUGUUAUAGUCUCCCAAGAAUCAGUUUUUUUUAAAAACUUUGUAUUGUGUUUAAAGUCAAGAAAAUAUUUUGCAAUUGGUUCUGCAAUAGAAAUACAAUAAAAUUGUAUCAGAAUACACACAAAAAAGGGGGAAGUUGUUUACCUCAAAACAAGCUUCCCCAUAAAUUGUGUUGUUUUUUUUUAAAAAAAAAUCUGCUUUACAGAUUUCCUUUUUCUCAAAACCUUAAAAUGUAAGGGACCAAUUAUUUUUUUUUUAGUUUAAUUCCAAACUCUUGAGGAGACUAUGCAAAUGUGAUUCUGUGUGGGAAAGGAAGACAGAGGCUUUAUUUACACACUUCCAACCUGCAUCUCCAGGGAAGUUGCUAAGCUAGAUGAAAGCAACAUAGAUCAUCACUCUUACCUGUCAUCGCCUGAUCUUCCAGAUUGUUUAAUGGUUUUUAAAAUAAAAAAUGAAAAAUUGGGGUAAUCAAUCACUUUUAUAUACACUUUUCUUUGGUUGUUUUUACCUUCCUUCUCAAACGCAUCGAAAUCUAGAGUGAGUAAAAAUAGUUUGCUGAACAACAAACAUUUUGCAGGUGAGAGUGUUUAAUCUUCCUGGAUAACGUAGGAGUGAAACUGAGUGGCCCAUUAACGAUUAUAGUUAAUGAGCAAUUGAGAAUGAAUUGAAGGGCAAAAUACCUAAUGAUCAACAGUACCUGCCAAGCAAAUGGGGUCAUGUUUGCAGUUGCUUAGAAACAAGAUGGGCAGAAGAAAGAGAAAUUGUUUGUGAUUUUCAAAAGCACCAGAUUGCUUUUGCUGUUAUCCCUGGGUGCAAGUAACCAGGCAAAGUAUUCUAUGCACCUUCUGCUCAUUUCAAUGCAAGAACCUCACACUGGCUGUAUUAAAAUGAAUGGAAGAAUACAAUCCACAACUGGACCUUUUUAAAAAAUAGGUAGAAUACAUAGCAACCCAUGUUUAUAUCAAAAUCCUUAUAUUUUUGUUCUGCCAGAUUAGGAAAUGUGUAACUUCCAGCUGUUCUACACUGACUUGAAAUGGAUAUGUUUGACUACAGCACAACCCUAAGCCAUGUGUAUUCAAGUAUGUCCUAUUCAAUUCAGUGGGGCUACUCCCAAGUAAGUAGAGUUAGGAUUGCAGCCUUAGUACUUGGAAAUGGAAGAGAGAUGUGUGCUGUGACUGAGGAUGCAAUUAGAAACUGAUGUUCUGAAGAGAUUUGCUCAGGUUCUGCGUGUUGGUUACCUGAUAGGUAGUUCUAUCCCAGAGGGCCCUAUUAAAUGGUGGGGUUUUCUCCCCAGCGACACACGAAAAGAAAACCUGUGAUUAGUACAGUAUAGAAGAUACAGCCAUCUGCUGAGGGUGGGAUUGCCACAUAGUAUAACUAGGUCUAUGGACAGCUGCCUUCAUUAACACUGAAUACCUUUGAGGAAACAAUCCACAAUGAAAUAAUUAUUUAUUUAGAUGAUGAUGAUGAUGUAUCAUCACUUUAUAAUUCUUUUUGAGAGGGGAGAGACUCUCUCAGCCGUUUACAGCAUACCUAAACAUGUAAUGUGUGAAGGGGCCCAGAGAAAUUUAGCUGUGCACCAAAUUCCUUUCUCCAGAUUUUCCAUUCCGUUUUGCAGUUGCUUGUGAUAAGAGUUUGUCUCUUUUAGAGGCUUGGGACUGGAAUUGCUGCUGAUUUAGUUGUGAAGAGCCAGAGAGAUUAGUGUGGAGGGAAAGAAGGUGAGACCAAGCAGCUAUUUCUCAAGUGUUGGUUGUGCUGUUUUAUUGCCCCAGAUAGGAAGACAAAGGUGAGAGACUUAAAUGCCACUGAACUUUUUUCCAGGAGAUCAAAAGUGCAGAGAGAAAUGUCCACAAAGAAAGAGCCAAUUUAGUAGGAACUGAAGAGUUGGUCAUAGAGUCAAUGUGACAGAGAAAGAUGUUGCAAUGUGCAGUCCUGAACUAGCCCAUACAGUGGAUAGAAACAGACAGCCCCUCCCAGCUACCCAUCAGUUUCUGUCUUCUGAAGGGAGGGGCCAUAGUUCAGUGGUACAUGCUUUGCAUUAAUAAGGUCGUCUCUAGCAUCACCAGUAAAAGGAACUCAGGUUACUGGUCUGAGAAAAACCUUGACUCAAGACAAAAAGAUGCUGCCAGUUGGAACAGACAGUGUUGACCUAGUCAAAUCAAGUUUUAUUCAUAUACCCUUUUCCUGCAGUAACUGCUCUCAGGGUGGGCUCAUGCUAAUAAUUAUGCAACAAUGCCCCAUACCAAUUAAGUUCCUCAACAAAGAUUUGACCUGUUUCCAUUCCAGUUGGUUGUUGUGUGAAUAACUAGCAUUUGCGCUUGCCUUACCAAGCCCUUUUCCUUUUAUGUCAUGUCUUUUGUGCUGUAAUCCUGAGGGUAGGGGGACAGUCUUCCAAGAGUCUUCUUCAGCUAAAGAGCAGGGUAAAAAUGUUUCUAAAACCAAAACAUAAUUCUUAAACCAAACAUUGCAAAAUAACACGUAAAGGUAAAGGGACCCCUGACCAUUAGGUCCAGUCAUGGCCGACUCUGGGGUUGCGGCACUCAUCUUGCUUUAUUGGCCGAGGGAGCCAGCGUACAGCUUCCGGGUUGUGUGACCAGCAUGACUAAGCUGCUUCUGGCGAACCAGAGCAGCGCACGUUUACCUUCCUGCUGGAGCAGUACCUAUUUAUCUACUUGCACUUUGUGCUUUUGAACUGCUAGGUUGGCAGGAGCAGGUACCGAGCAAUAGGCGCUCACCCCGUCGCGGGGAUUCGAACCGCCGACCUUCUGAUCGGCAUGUCCUAGGCUCUGUGGUUUAACCCACAGCGCCACACGCGUCCCUAACACAUAUCUCUCCACUAAAAACAAUCUCUUUCCCAAAGGGAAAUCAAAAGUCUGAUAAACACCACAUCUGGAACAUAUUACCAAUCAAGGAUUUGCAGAGCAUUUAACAAUAUUUUCUUUGAGGGCUACCAAAAAUGUAGCAAUGGUAUAUGACUGUCAGUAUUAGGCUGUGGUCUAGGUAUCAGCAGUGGGGAAAGGUUCAUAUUAUUAAUGUAUCUAGAUUUACAGAUGAUAUUGGCAGUGGGUGAGUGGCAAUUAAUUAUGCUUUCUUCUUAAAUUGAGUUUGGAAUGGAUUUCUGGAAUCUGUGCCCUUAAGAGAAUGCAUUUCCUAAUUAAUUAAAAUGGGGUCGGAAAAUACAUUCGCAUAUGGCAAUCCUCAAAAUGCUUACUGGGAAGUAAGUCCCCCCUGAACGCAGCAAGACUUACUUCUGAGUAAACAUGCAUAGACUUGCACUGGAAAGAGGGUUGGUGGGGGGGAGAUUAAGCUUUUGCUUUGACAUGUGAUUCCUUUUCACAGAGUAAACAAGUUAGAUAAUGAGCUUUGAGUCUGAGUCUACCAGCCUUCCAAACACAGAAUGUUGUUUUUUCCCCCUCCUCCUUUUGAUGCAUGCAGGGAUUUCUGUGCAGCCCUUGUGCUAAGCCACUGCAGGAGGUAUAUGGGUACAGCAAAUCCCUUGUGAAACCUCUUGCAAGAGCUUCAAAGGACAAUGUAAACAGGAGGAGCUGAUAGGGCUGAUUCACAGGAGACAUUGCACAAUGCUUCACAGAAGAAGGGGGGAGACUAUGCAUCUUCAUCAGGAAAGGAACUGAAGACAGUGUCUGUAUUCACAUGAACAUAAGCAAAACAUUACCUGGUACUUUUAUUGAGAUUUUUUCAGAGGGGAUCCUUUACUUCUGUACAGAAGUACUUUGUUGUCGGAGCCUGAGGCAAACUAGAUGCACAUCCCUAGCCGUAGGCCAUAUUGGCUGGGGGGAGUUUGAUGCCAACAUCUGGAGGGCCACAGGUUCCCCACCCCUGUCUUAGUGGGAGCUUUUGUUCUGUGGUAGUUCAUUACAGUGACAGAAAAGGAUGAGGAGGCUGCAACACCCAUUUCCCUGCUUCUUUUUCAUUUUAAAGGAGGCUUGAGCCAAAGACAGCAGGGAAGUUCUGGCAGCUUUAGCUUUGCAGAAAGAGCCAGUUUUACAAAAGUGAGUAAAUUACAGUUUAGGGCCUAUCUUCACUAUCAGAGAUAUUAUGCCUCUGAAUACCAGUUGCUGGAAACCAUGAGCGGGGAGAGUGUUUUUGUGCUCAUGUCCUGUUUGCUGGUUUCCCUCAGGUAUUGUCAGGAUGCUGUCAGCAACUCCCGGCUGGUGGCCCAGGGAAGUAUAGAGACAAGGAAAAGUUUCCUACCGUCCUUUUUUAUUUCAGUCUUUACAGAGAGAGGCUAUAGAACCCAGCGUCUUGGAUAAUGGCAUUGUCCCGAGUGAAUCUCCACUCCCCAUCUCUCCCACUUCCUCAUUCGUCAUUCUCAUUGUCUCCUCUACGGGUGCUGCUACGUGCCCUCUGUCUUUGAGCUCUUUGCUCUCCUACUUUUAAGGCUCACCGGGUACUAGGAGACGGAGUGUCUGGAAGGCUUUCUAAUGACAACGUGUCAGCUGGGUGUUGUUCCCGUGAUUUCCCAGCUUUUCCCCUCGUCUGCCUCUGAGCUGCUACCUCCCUCAAACCCCUGUUGUAAAUCUAUACUGUCUUCCUCCUCUUCCAUGUUGAAAACAUUUUUGUGGUGGAUACCUAUCUAGACAGGGACGUGGGUGGCACUGUGGGUUAAACCAGAGAGCCUAGGGCUUGCCAAUCAGAAGGUCGGUGGUUCGAAUCCCUGCGACGGGGUGAGCUCCCGUUGCUCAGUCCCUGCUCCUGCCAACCUAGCAGUUCGAAAGCACGCCAAAAAGUGCAAGUAGAUAAAUAGGUACCGCUCCAGCAGGAAGGUAAAUGGCAUUUCCAUGUGCUGCUCUGGUUUGCCAGAAGCGGCUUAGUCAUGCUGGCCACAUGACCCGGAAGCUGUAUGCCGGCUCCCUCGGCCAAUAAAGUGAGAUGAGCGCCGCAACCCCAGAGUCAGCGACGACUGGACCUAAUGGUCAGGGGUCCCUUUACCUUUACUCUAAGGCAGCGUCCAGUGUCUUCCAAGAUAGGGCAGAAAGCAGUGGCGGACUUGGGUACUAUGGUGCCCUGUGCGAGCCCAAAAUUUGGCGCCUUACCCAAAGGCAGGUAAGGAGGCACCCAACUUUGAGAAGGAGGCGCAAGGGCCCUGGCAGUGUCCUAGAGCCCUCCCUCCUUCUUUCCAAAGCUGGGAAAGCGCUAACACAGCUAGCACUGUGUGUGCACCGCUGCACAGCCAUAAAUCCAUCACUGGCAGAGAGUCUCAAGUGAAAAGCAAUUCCUGUCAUUCAUGCAAUUUGAUGGAAUUAUUCUUGGCUGCUAUAAGGAGGGACAUGCGCCAUGAGAACAAGGUUUACCCUGUUUGUGCGAUUUCAACAGCAGCUUGAUUUGCUGAGAUCAGCAGGUAAUAACACCGACCUCCAUGAAGCAAAACAAAAAAACCCCAAGCUUUACCUGCUCAUUUCUACAGAUCCAGCUGCUCUUGAAGGCUCAGGAGCAGACUAGGCCAUUUCUGCUGGCCAGUUGGCAAACCGCACCUAAGAAGCUAAAAAAUGGGCAUCGUUUAGCUUUAAAGAAAUCCACCACAGUGGCAAAGUAAAAGACAAUAUCGAACAGCCACCAUCACCACCACACUGGGCGGUCAUGGCAGAUCAUUACAUAUGGUUAGACUGGGUGAUUUUCUAGCAUGGUGACCUAGUAGCCAUGGCAACCACAGUGCUGUGAUGAUAAGUUCUUUGAAUGCUUUUCCCAGUCAGAAACAGGAUGCUGAUAAUUUACAUUAUUCUGCCGUGUCCCUGUUCACAGAGAUAUGGAAUCCAAGGGAAAAGCUACGCGAAGUCCCUGCUCCCUGAGCUGCGCACAGCGCACUGCAGAUGGCAGGUAGAAUAGCUUGACUGACAGAUACAGAGACACUCAGGUGCAUCUUUCCUGCAAAGCAGCUGCUUGCCUAGCAUUGGGGAGGGGCAGAGGAGGGCCCCAAGUAUCGAUGGGUUUGAAAUAUUUUAUACCAUCCUCCUGCUAAAACAGAGACAGGGAACCUUUCCAGCCCAAGAGCCACCUUCCAGGGGCCGCAUACAAUGGUGGGUGUUGCCAUGGGUGAAAGUGGGCAGAGUUCAGAGGACCAGAGAGAGAAUGGUCCAGAGAGCCACAUUUGUUGAUGUUUAUGGUCUUUCAUAGGGACGCGGGUGGCGCUGUGGGUUAAACCACAGAGCCUAGGACUUGCCGAUCGAAAGGUCGUGGUUCAAAUCCCUGCAACAGGGUAAGCUCCCGUUGCUCGGUCCCUGCUCCUGCCAACCUAGCAGUUCGAAAGCACAUCAAAGUGCAAGUAGAUAAAUAGGUACCGCUCUGGCGGGAAGGUAAACAGCAUUUCCGUGCGCUGCUCUGGUUUGCCAGAAGUGGGUUAGUCAUGCUGGCCACAUGACCCGGAAGCUGUACACCAGCUCCCUCAGCCAAUAAAGUGAGAUGAGCGCCGCAACCCCAGAGUCGGUCACGACUGGACCUAAUGGUCAGGGGUCCCUUUAUUUUUAUGGUCUUUCAUGCCCAGGUGACUUGAAGCAACAGGCCCAGGCAAUCACAGGGUGGGCCCCAUACUUUAAGGAAGGGAUCUUGACACCUUGAAGAAGUUGGGAGAUGAGCCUAUCAAGGUGUGAGCUACCUCCAGAGGUUCCCCAUCUCCCCUACAAGAUGGCAAAUCUUCCCUCAGCUUGUGCAGUAGGGAGAGGGCUUAGCUGAUCACGUCGGCUGUUCGCCUCUGGGGAAUGAAGGCUGAGAUAGGCUGCCUGUCACAGCUUACAGGAACAAAUAGAAAAUGAAAUUCAAUUGUAGAAAGUGUUUCAUAAUAAAUUCAAUAUUCUCUCCGGUAAUCUGACUGGUUUUGUUUAAAACUUAAAGCUAGGACCAUUGUCAGAGAGGAAAUACCUUGCAAUGAUUUUGUCAGUUGAACAUCCCCAUGGAAAUUUACCUGGAAAAUAAUUUUGACAGGGUACAAUCAAUCUUUGUUCCAUCCGGUUUCUUUUGUGAACAAAUAUAUAAUAGAGACUGUGAUCAGAACAAACUGUCUUACAGGUCAUUUGUGUUUGAUCGAAAUCAACACAGACGUUAAGUAAUGGCUUCUAUCUAACCAUCCUUUGAUAUAACAAUAUGGGUUUUCCAUGUCAUUGGAAGCUUGUUUUCAAUUUGUAUCGCUGCCUAUUGCAGGAAUUAUAGAUGGCAUUUGCUCUCCUUUUGCAUUAAAUGGCUGAAAGACAAAGUGGCUCAUUCAAAAAGAGGCAUAAAUCAGAUGCGCAAAAAAUAGAUGACUGCAGAGUACUCUUGAUAUAACACUUCACCCCAAUUUACAUAUUAAUGCACUGCAAGGUCUCUGGCAGGCUAAAAGAUUAUUUCAACACAAUCAUAGAGCCUUUGUAUAAAAUUUUCCUGAUUAGCCUGUUUGGAGGCCAAAUAUACUCAACCCACGCUAGUCAAACCAUUUAUCUAGGUACAUCUGGGCCUAAAUGAAGAAAUAGCAUUUGGUGCACUUUUUGUACAGGUGAGGCAGGCAUUCAGGUAUGUGACUGCAUCAUUUAUAAUCCUAGACUGCACCACUUCAAAUUGCAGCGUUCUAGCCUACUCUUCUGUCUCAUGUACUCAGGGGGUGGUACAUCACAUUUCACCAUCAGAAGUAAAAUGAGGAGGUGCUGCCUUGCUGCUGAAGCAGCCCCUGCCCCCCAAAGCCUCUUUUACCUGGGCCCAGUAUACCUGAAGGAGCAUCUCCACCCCCAUCGUUCUGCCUGGAUGCUGAGGUCCAGCGCCGAGGGCCUUCUGGCGGUUCCCUCAUUGCGAGAAGCAAAGCUACAGGGAACCAUGCAGAGGGUCUUCUCGGCAGUGGCGCCUGCCGUGUGGAACGCCCUCCCACCAGAUGUCAAAGCGAUAAACAACUACCUGACAUUCAGAAGACAUCUUAAGGCAGCCCUGUUCAGGGAAGUUUUUAAUGGGUGACAUUUUAGUGUAUUUUUGGUCUCAGUGGAAGCUGCCCAGAGUGGCUGGGGAAAGGCAGCCAGAUGGGUGGGGUACAAAUAAUAAAUUUAUUAUUAUUAUUAUUAUUAUUAUUAUUAUUUGGUCGUGCCCAUGGAGUGCACAAGAUCUUGUGAGAUUUCAGCGAGAUCUCAUGAGAUAUUGCUGGAAGCCAUUGCCACCACCGCUUUUCUGCCAGCAGGGGAGGCAGCAGGGUGGGUGGGUUGCCUGUAGGGGUUCCUCCUCUUGGGGGUUCUACCCCUCAAGGCACCUGCCUCAGCCCUGCAGGUUCUAGUUUUGUAAGUGCAUGGGUUUUUUUCUCCCCAGUGGGGAAGCAUUGCCCCAUGUGACCUUCCACCUAUAUUCCAAAGUGCAGUUGCAGAACAGAGUUGCCACCUUACUUCCUGCUUCAGUGAGCCAGGAUUAUAAGGAACACCUACUAGGAUUUAUGUGUUGAUCUUGAGAAUAGAUGGCCAGAUAAGAAUGACUCUUACAUGUUGAUGUAAUGUGAACAAUGGGUUAAAUUACACAGUGCUUGGUCUACCAAAAUGAAGAUUUAUGCCCUCAAUACCUUUUCAUACUUUCCCCCAGCCCCAUGCCCCUUAAACAGUCUCCAAAUGCAGUUCUUCGAACAAUAUGAAGGCAAGGCAUUUCAACAUGGCGCUAGAAGAAAACAUUUUGCUUGCUCUCAAAGCCUAGUCUUGGUCUCUAGCAAAUCCCAGCUGUCAUCUUUCAAGCUAUUUUCCAUGUCAUUGCUGCAGAUAAUAACACACUGAUAGAGUGUCAUCUGAACAGGGGUAAAAAAAGAAGAAGCCGUAUGAUGGUCUUGUCAACAACUGAAACCUUUUAGUUUUGUUCCCUGAGGGAAAUGCAAUUUAAGCUAGGGAGUAAAAGGGGAGGGGAGUUGCAGUGAGGCUGCCACAAGUAACACACUGGUUUCUGUGCGCGGAAGAACACAAGGCAGACAUCACAACAUCUAUCUAUUUUUGACAUUUGCAGCCUAUUCUGGCACCCUUUUCCAGGGCAGUGGACUGGAAGGAGCUGCUCUGGUAGAGCCUGGAGUGAUUCCAGAAUUAACAUCUGGUACUUGUGGGGUGACUUUUCAUCCUGUGAAAAACAUCUUCCUUGAAAAAAAAAAAAUGCCUUGGAGUGGGUUAGCUAUCCCACAUAGCUCUUCGAAGAUGAGCCCAUGAGCAGAAUGGAAGUGGCACAUGGAAGCUGUGACAAAAUGCUGAAGUCUGGAUCAGACCAAAGUCCCACCUAGUGCAGUAUCUUCUUCUCACAUGGCCAACCAGUUGCCAAUGGGAAGCCUGCAAGCACAGCAACACUCUCCCCAUGUGAUUCUCUAACAGCCUCAUCCUCCAUGAUUUUAGCUAAGCUGCUUUUUUGGUGGUGAAAUAUACUCUGAGUUGAGAGUGGAUUUCAUGCUCUUUAUUCAGCUCAUAGUGGUGAGGAGGAAAUGGAAGUUCCCCCACAAUAUCUGCUUUAUAUACAUUAUUUACACAAUGGGCUACACGUGAUUGGCUAGUUCCAGGAUUCUCCUGUAGGCCAAUCAGGUUGUGGAUUCACUUCCACCUGGAGCUGGAUUGGGUGGCUCCUGUGGACCAAUCAUACUGCUGCAUUGUUCUAGGACCAAUCAGACUGCUGCAUUUUGGAUCCUAUUCAACUCAGUACAUAACAGGUGGCUAUCGUUAUGUCUUGUGCAGACGAAUCCCAGAGUUUAACUGUGUUCUGUGUGAGGAAGUCCUUCCUUUAAUCUCUCCCCAAUCUUCCACCACUAAGCUUUGUUGCACGACUCUGGGUUCCAUUUUCUCCAUACUCUGCCUGAUUCCCACCCCCAACAGUCCAAUUUGGGUUUAAACCUCUCCAUGUAGACCAGCAGCAUGGAGUUGCCAGUUUCCACCUCCCUGCUUAUCAGAUUGAUCAUUUGAUGAGCCAGGGUAGGGACAAUAACUCAAUAUGCAUGGAUCAGCUGAGCCACACACUCAUCCCUGGCAUGUGGACGCUGAAGAGUUAAAAGCCCCCCCCCCCCCCCCAAGGCUAACAACCUGUUCCAAAGCAGACUGGCACAGAGCAACUUGAGCUUGUCAUUAGAAGAAAACGGCUGUCACACCACUGGUCCAUAUCACCUGCUAGCACCAAUCCCGGUUGGUAAAGGAUCUCCAUAAUUUCUUACGCAGAUGGUUCUCCCCUCCCCUUUUGUGCUGCUUGGCUGGCUCAUAACUAUCAGAAAGCAUGAUAUCACAGUUUUGAGAGCACCAGCAUUAGAAAUGACAAAGCAGAGCCCCAUUAAAGAAGAACUCAUUUUUUAAAAAUUCAGCACACCCGCCCAUGAUGGGAAAGGAAGACGACCUAGUGCCAGGUGACAUUCCUGUUCCAGCUUCAGUUUCUCUUAUCUUGCAGCAUAGCUUGCAUGCAUAGGAGAAGAAUUGCUGCCUAUUUUACACAGAACUUGUUUUUUCUAUGCCAGUGUUGACCAGUAUAUAUACCUGUGCCCCUGCCUGUAUCUUUCACUCACACACUUUUCUCUAUGCCAACUCUACCCCCAACGCCUUCAGCAUACAAAGAGUGAGUGGCAGGUGAGCAUCCUUCAACAAACAGUGAACAUACGCUAGGACAUAUGCUAGGGAUCUGCAGUCAAUCAAGUCUAAACAGGUGCAUUAUUAUCAUUAUUAUCAAAUUUAUCAAAGGAAGGUGGAAGAAAAAUGAUGGGGACAAUAAAACAAAAAUAAAAAAUAUCUAAAUAAUACUAAUAACAACAAAAAUAUCUGUUCCUAUUACAGAUACAGUAACCAUCAAUGCAUACUUCUUGUUAACCAGAUAAAGAAAUAUAAGCCCUCCAGCUGUCUAGAUAGGUAAAGGUAAAGGGACCCCUGACCAUUAGGUCCAGUUGUGACCGACUCUGGGGUUGCGGCGCUCAUCUCGCUUUAUUGGCCGAGGGAGCCGGCAUACAGCUUCCGGGUCAUGUGGCCAGCAUGACUAAGCCGCUUCUGGUGAACCAGAGCAGCGCACGGAAACACCGUUUACCUUCCCGCCGGAGCGGUACCUAUUUAUCUACUUGCACUUUGACAAGCUUUUGAACGGCUAGGUUGGCAGGAGCAGGGACCGAGCAAUGGGAGCUCACCCCGUCACGGGGAUUUGAACCGCCAACCUUCUGAUCAGCAAGUCCUAGGCUCUGUGGUUUAACCCACAGUGCCACCCGCGUCUAGAUAGGUAUCCAACAUGGAAUAUAGAAAAAUAGAAUCAUAUGGUUGGAAGGUCCCCAAGGGUCAUCUAGUCCAACCCCCUACAAUGUAGGAAUACAAAUGCCUGAAGUCUUCCUACCGCUUGUCUAACGGGUCACAGAAACACCCACCCACGAGACUAACUUCCAAGCCUGCUUUGCAACCAGAUCAGCCAGAGACGGGCUUAAUUAAUUCUCCAGCCUCGUCUCUGCUGCACUGCUUUGUUUUGCUAGGCAUUUUAUAUAACUUGGUUGCUUCUGCUACACACACACACGCCCCACUCCUCCCUCGGCCUCCUUCACCUGCUGUUCUUCUGGAUCAGAGUUAAUUAAUGCGAAAUUUCCAAAAGUGCCCAAAGGGAGGCUCAGGCGGAUCGCGCGCUCGUGUUAAUAGCGCUGCUAGGAAACUCAGCUCCGCGUUUGGCAUCGCUUAAUAACGCUUCCUCCACCUGCCGGGCGGUGGGGCGGGGGAAGAAGGCAAAGCAAGCGCGCUCUCCGCCCGGCCUCCCGACGCCACCAGCCGUCUCAGGGGCCGUCGCUUCCCCCGCGAGGGUCUCCCUCUCCCGCUCUCUGUGUGGACGGGUCUCUCCGGCUGGUGCUACGUCGCCUGGGCGAGAUCUCGAUGGAAAUCUACGGCAAGGUAAGAGCGCUGUGGGCUCCUCCACGCCCCUCUUUUCAAAUACUUCCUUGAAAGCAGCUGACGAGCAUCGCCGCCGCUAACGAAAAGGAUUCGCCAGUAUGGAGUCCAAAGCAAAACACCCAACCGGCCUGAUCUCUCGCUCUCUCUGCCGUCCUAGCAAAUGAGUUCCAACCGCGACACCAGGGGAAAAAAAAUAUAUGGCAAACAUCUUGGAAGCUGCCCGCUUCUCUUUUCUUUGAGAAGCAGUAGUUAAAACAAGGGAAAGGUGGCUUUAAAUGGGCGAGGCGGGCUUUGCAUUUUCUCCUCUCUCUGUUUGUGGGGUGGGAAUUGCAUUUCUUGCCUAUUUUCCUUCGCCGGGUUCUCCUAGCAUCGCCUAGAGAAAGCGCAGAAACUUUCGCCCAACAGCGCGCAAACUCGCGGCCGCAGAGCUGCCCCCCCCCCCGCGCCCCGUUUCCAUGGAGCCGCCUCCUCGAGGGAGGGGGUGGAGCUCCGGGCGGCGGCGGAGGAAGCGAGAGUCCCUGGGACUUGUAGUCCUGGCUCCCUCCGCUUUCCAUUGGACCCGGGCCUGGGACGCGCGGCUGCUCGCACUACAGCUCCCACCGGCCGCCGCGAGGGGCGCUGGGCCAAGGCGCGGCAGGGGAGGCCGGGUGGACAGCUCCGCGGUGCUGAAUUGUCUGCUGGGCUGCGAGGCGAGCGUGUUGUUGCUGCUGCUGCUGACGCGCCGGGCGCGUGUGUCUCUCUGUGCCUGUGUGCGUGGCGUGUAGACGGGGUUGGCCACGACUGCUGCUGCUGCUGCUGCUUCUCCCGCUUGCCUGUGAGACCCCAGCGGCCGAGGGGAAAGGACAGGGCGCGCGGCUGAACCAUGAGGCACGAAGCUCCUGUGCAGGUGAGUGAUAACAGACCGAAGGGGAGCCGCGAGCAAGCCCCGCGGAACUCUGCGCGCGCGCUCAGGGAAAGGGUAGUGGCUACCGGGGCGGGUUGAGAUGGCGGGUACGCGCACGAGAGACAGGCAGAGUGCGCGCCCCUCUCCUAAAGUCACUCGGUUGUUGUGCGAUCGCUGCUGGUCAUCUUUAGAUGGGUUGUUGUUUCUUUCGAAGAGGGAGGGGUGGUGCACUAGGCACAGAUUGUCAUAUGUUGUUAUUUAACACACACUCAGACACACACCCCUAAAUAAAUCUCUGGUCACACGGAUCUUGGUUGUGCCUUCACUGGGCAGGGAGGAAAGGCGAGGCGUCAACUCAAGCAUCGCUUACUGAGUGAAUCCAAGCCAGCUAGCAAACGCCUUUCCCCUGACAACACCAUUUCCUCUUCCAAGAGGGUGAGUGUUAAAGAUCCAGGGCGACAGCAGAGCACACAGAGCAUGUUAAGGAUUGCAGCCGUAAUGUUGGAGGUUUCAUGAAAAGAAAAGAAGCAGCAGCAACCCAACAUAAGCCCAUUCCCCCAUGGUAUUAGCAUAAUAACACCAGGGGGAAAUGGGUUUCUGUUAUUGCAGUUUUGUAUGAUGGGUUAUUUUCUUAAGAGCACACUAAAUCUCCAGCAUUAGGGGUGCAAUCCUAAACACAUUUACUAGGGUGUAAUCCUUCCUCUCCUCACACACUGAGCAUAGCAGGACUUACUCAUGAGUAAAGAUAUGCUGGUUUGUUCUUCAUGCUAGCUAACAGUGCAAUCCUGUGCAGGUUUACUCAAAAGUUAGGUACCCAAUUGAAGCCUUAAUGUUAGAUCUUCUGUUAAGUUGCUUUUGAUGAUGUGAUAUAUAUUUUGCCUGAGGGAUCAUGUAAACCUGUGAUCCCUAAAUUCUUUUGCAUAGUGUAAGUUUUGAAAGCAAUGAGUCUCUGAUCAUAGGCACAUCAAGGUAAGAAAAUAGUAGCAAUAAUCAUAAGUUAAUAUGUAAUGAGUCUUAGAAGGGGAAAAUAGCAGUUAUGGGAAUAUUGUCAUUCUGGAACAAAGAAUGAUAUGUAGCUCAGAAGAAACUGAGAGUAUCACUCUUGAAGAUGCUUUUAUGUGGAAGCUCUUACUAUCCAAACUGAAGAAACAAAAUAAAGUCCAGGUGUUUGUAAUGUACAAAGGUAUGCAUUUUUUAUCAAGUCACAAUAAUUUACUCCCAUUUGUUGGGUUAUACUAAAUGACCAUUAUUACAACUGUCAUUUGAAUGGCAACUCUACAGUACUCACACUGACAAACAUCCAUCAUUUUGGUAUUAGAAAUUUGGCCACCAAAUCUUUACACUUUCAUUCUGAGCUGUUGGGUUUUUACAAUACAUUUAUUUAGCAAGUGUGUUUCCCCCUUCUGUAAUGCAGGUUUUAACAUUUACUCUUUCCAAUUGCAAAAAAAAGUGAAAUCAUAAAGAAUAUAUAUAUCAAAAUCUCAGUGUUCCUUUAUACAGCACCUCUGUAAAUGGUUGGGCGUGCUUGAUUAUGAAAGGUGAAUAACCAUCUCGUCCGAAUCACUAGCCCAUAUUAUGCUACAUGCUGACAUCCCAUUAUCUCUGCUAUAUCAUUGUAUUUUAAACAUUUCAUCCUGUGUCCUGACAAAACUAGAAACCUUGCUUAUUUGUUGAAAGAGUAAAGAUGUUUUUAAUCAGAAUUAAAGGUGAGUUUGCUGCAGGAUUAGUUACGCAGGUUUUGUCUAUUGAGAAAACUUACUUAGGAAUAAGACUCAAUGAACUCAGUUGGACUUAUUUUGGGAACCAGGCAUAGGAUAGGGCAGCAGGACUGCAACCAUACACUGUUACUUGAAUGUAGGUCAUAUUGAAUUCAACUGAACUUACUUCUGAGUAACAAAGUAUAAGAUUGGGCUGCGUAGGUUUGUACAAACAGAACUGUGGUUGUAAGGUAGUACAGAUUAAAAAAAUUGGGCUGAAAUAUUUAAUUUUGCAUUGCCUUAUCAUCUAUUCUGUUUGGAUAUUAUGUAUGGAUGUUAUAAUCUUAAUCUGACAUUUCAAGAUGGAAAGAUCUGCUUUGCCCCCCCCCUUCCCUAAGCAGCAAAAGAGCUAAUUAUAUAUAUGUAAAGGUAGCAGCAAAGCUGUCAAAAACAAAGCUGUGAGGGGCGGCAGCAUUGAGGUGGACUAAUAAUGUAUUUUUUUCCAUGUCUCUUCCAUAAUUAUAAUUACAGAGCAUCAAGGAUUCUCUGAGAUAUGA